AUGUCUCUUCACUACCUCCCUCCCGUUAAGCCUUCGGCCAUUGCCCUCGGCACUGUUUUCUGCCAGACUGCUGAGCUUGCUGUCCUCUCCCCCAUCUUUGGUGCCACCUACAACCGUGCCAAGGCCGCCAACACCAAGGAGGAGUUCCUUCGCUCAAAGGAGGCCUCCUCUGCUGGAAUUGCCUGGGGAACCUCGCUGCUCGGCUCUGCUCUCCAGUCGUACGGUGUCGGCGCCCUCAUCAACGCCACUGCCACCCUCAGCUACAAGGGUUCGGCUUACCUCGGUGCUCUGAUCUUUAUGGCUACCUCUGCCCCUGGCUACAUCUCGCAAGUCUUCCUGGAGAAGCGCCCGCUUGAGACCGUCGGCGUAAGCGUUGUCGCCAAGCUCAUGGAGACUGUUGGCCUUGCCUGCGUUCUGACCUGGUGGGGAACCCGCACCAACCCCUUCGAAUAA